AUGUGGAGGCUAGAAGCAACAUUAUUAGAGAGCUCCUUCGUACCGCUUCGCCCCCUUUCUGCCCUAGAUCAUCUGCUCAAAUCAGUGUUAGUUGACCUUGGAAACAUAGGCUUGUCUGUUCAAGCUAUUAAAGAGUGUUUUGGGUUUUGCGAUUUCAUCUUCUUGCAAAAGCUUCGAGUUAAAGAAGGGAAAAAGGUGGAAAGUGCUUCAGGGGAUACUAAUUUUCAAGCUCUUAAGACAUAUAGUCGUGAUUUUGUGGAGCAAGCCUGGAAGCUUGACCCUGUAAUUGGCCGAUACACAACAGCACGUUUCUUGCCUGAUAAGGCUAUUGACCUUGUGGAUGAGGCAUGUGCAAAUGUUAGGGUACAACUUGAUAGUUAACCUGAAGAAAUAGACAAUCUUGAAAGGAAAAAAUGCAAUUAGAAGUCGAGCUUCAUGCUUUGCAUGCAAUUUGAGAGAUAAGCUUCAAUUAUCAUGAUCAUGAUAUUAAUUAUCAUUUGUGAUUUAAUUUGCUUUUUAUGAAAUCUAUCAGUGCAGGUAAUUGGAGCAACAUGGUAUUUAUUGGAUAUUGAGAGCCAAUGUUCAUGUUGGAAGGAAGAAUGUGCAAAAGAGAAGAAACUUGACUAAUCAAUGAUGAGCCGGGACGUGACAUUUGGUUAUAAUAAACUCAGGUACAAAGUUUUCCUUCUAUUUAUACUUCCAAAGCUGGUUUUAGGGUUUGAUAUGAUUUUGAGUAUUUGAGUCAUGAAGAUUUACUACCAAUCUACUACUGCAAGACUAAAAGAAUGGAGGGUCAAAAGAAGGGACACCGAAAAAUGGAUGACUACACUUGGUUGUAUAAAACUAGUUUUGGAAUAGAGUACAAGGGUGUAUUGUAAUACAAUGUAUUGGAAUAUACUAUAGCUAACUAAUGUUAAACAUGUUUUAUUUUAAGUAAUAAUAUUAUGUUUCCAUUUAUUAA